CCGCCAUGGCUCUGUAGCCGCGACCCCCGCCGUUACCGCCCAGCCUGGUCACCGCGCUCACCGCGCCUGCGCUCUCCGCUCCCACCGUCUCGCCUCAGCCCAGGCAGCCGCGGUCGCCGCCUCUCCACGCAGCCAUGGAGUCCUCCACCUUCACCUUGGUGCCUGUCUUCACUCAGCUGAGCAAUCUCCUGAGCCGCCUCCCAGCUGGUGCUACAGCCUCCACUGCCGUCAGUGCCCCACGCCUGUGCCUCAGUCAUGUCACUCCUGGCGACCCUGGGGCUGGAGCUGGACAGGGCCCUGCUCCCAGCUAGCGGGCUGGGCUGGCUCGUAGACUAUGGGAAACUCCCCCUGGCCCCUGCCCCCCUGGGCCCCUAUGAGGUCCUUGGGGGAGCCCUGGAGGGCGGGCUUCCAGGGGGGGGAGAGCCCCUGGCAGGUGACGGCUUUUCUGAUUGGAUGACAGAGCGGGUUGACUUCACGGCCCUCCUCCCUCUGGAGCCCCCCCUGCCCCCAGGCACCCUCCCCCCACCCUCCCCAGCACCCCCUGAUCUGGAAGCCAUGGCCUCCCUGCUCAAGAAAGAGCUAGAACAGAUGGAAGACUUCUUCCUUGAUGCUCCGCUCCUCCCUCCCCCCUCGCCCCCCCCACCACUGCCAGCAGCGCCCUCCCUGCCCCUUCCCUUGCCCCUGCCCACCUUUGACCUCCCUCAGCCCCCUGCUCUGGAUACCCUGGACCUGCUGGCUGUCUACUGCCGCAGUGAGGCUGGCUCAGGGGAUGCAGGCUUGGCGCCCCUGCCUGUGCCCCAGCAGCCCCCUCCUCCCCCUCCUCUGCCUCUACCCUCCCGCCCAGCCCCCUACCCCAGUCCUCCCACUCCCCGAGGGGACCGCAAGCAGAAGAAGAGAGACCAGAACAAGUCUGCGGCUCUCAGGUAUCGCCAGAGGAAGAGGGCAGAGGGCGAGGCCCUGGAGGGCGAGUGCCAGGGACUGGAGGCCAGGAACCGGGAGCUGAGGGAGAGGGCCGAGUCAGUGGAGCGAGAGAUCCAGUAUGUGAAGGACCUACUCAUCGAGGUGUACAAGGCCCGCAGCCAGAGGACCCGCAGCAGCUAGGGUGCAGGGAAGGCUCUAAGGCACUUCAGGCUUCAGAACGGGUCCCUUUGUCCCCAUCUCCAGCUUCUCCCUAGCCCUGUUUCACCCUCCUCUUACCCUUGUCCACUCCAGCCCCAUCAUGGGAUGCUUGGCUUAGCAUCUGCACCCCUUCAGUGCAGCUGAGAACUGAGGCCUUCAGGGAAUUCAGGCAGCCAGCUCAAACCUUGGCCAGAAUCUUAAGUGAUUUCUGGCAAGUAGCCUUAGUUGGGUGCCGAGGGGUAGCCAGGCCUAGCAGUGGAGAGAGGCAGGAAGCCACAGAGGAUGACUGCUUGGGGGGGUUUGGGGGGUGAGGGGACUACAGAACAUAAGUCCUUGGGGACCUGUAUCUGGGAGGGAAGCCAAGUCGCAGGGCAGGUGGAUGUGCUGACCGAUGGGAAGAAGGGUGGUAGUCUGGGGUCAUUUUAGUUCUGGGAGAGAAUCAGUGUUUUGCGAAGGUGUUGGGGAGGGUUGCAUCUAGGUGAGGGGCUGAUCCUCAGGGUUUGUGGACACAAAUAAAGUGCAGACCUUCCUGUG